AGAAGUGAACAUUAUUUCACUUGGGACAUAAGUGUAAAAAGUCAUCAAAAACAGGUGCACAAAGGGAGCUAAUUUCCACCCGGAACUGGUGUAAGAUGGGUAUUUUGUCUUGUCAUGGAAGUACACUCCGUGGAAACAUCUAGAACUAGCAUUGGAAGGAGUGAUGAAGAUGAUAAACAGUUUGAAAGGUCUUGUCAGUUUAACAGCAAUAAUUAUUUGUUGUGUUCCAGUUCAGACGCCUAGUUUGGCCACUUUUAAGUACGUUUCUCACACAUACAUCAGUGAAGAGAAAACCAUCUGUAUGAAGUGUCCUCCGGGAACGUAUGUGGAGGAAGAUUGUCAUGAAAAUUUCAUCGAAGGGACAUGUAUUGAUUGUCGUGAUGGAACAUUUUCUACAGACUUCACAAGAGCAAAGUCUUGUGAGAAGUGCCAUCGGUGGUGUUCUGAUGAACACCAAAUUCAGACGAAAUGCACUAAAACGGGAGACAUCACGUGCACGUGUGAGCCAGGCUACAAGCUGGUGGUGGAUGAUGAGAACUUGGACGAGCAGCACUGUCAGAAGAUAGAAACGCCAGACACCAAGGACCAGAAGAGUGUGACGGACUCUCCGAAGAGGUCGGACCCAGACAACGAGACAGCACGUCCCAGGAGGUGUAAAGUGUCCGUGGUGCCGAGAAACAACAUGUGUAUGGAGUGCACGGUGUGUCACCAAGGAGACGCCGUACAGGUUUCUGACUGCCAUGUCCUGCCGAAUUACACGUCAUGUUUGAAAGGUGACAGUAAGACGAGUCACGGACAACGAUUGUCUUCCUCUUGCCUUGUGGCCAUCUUGUUUCUUCUGGUCAUGAACGCCAUCUUCCAGAGAGUAUACAGAUGAAGAAUUUAUAGAACUGAUGCUGCUACAAGUGUGUUAAAAAUACCCGGUGUGUUUGUUAUACAUGAUCUGUAAUUCUGAUGUUUAAGUCACACACAACCAUUCACUUUCUUCCACACCUCUUCAUAAAGUCAGCUACAGUUAUUUAAAUUGCCAAAACAGUCAACUUGAUGUGAUGUGAUGAAUUUAUUUACUUUGGAGUUCAGCAGCAUGUGAAUCUAGCAGUAAGAAAUGCUUGUGUACAAUAAUGACCAACUACAAAUAUUUUCUAUGCUAAAACCGGCUGUCAAUGAAAUGUUGAUAGCCGUUAGGGGAUGUUGCUUCUCAUUGCAGAAAAGCUGGUUGUGUGUGCCAGGUGAACAGAGAGAAUGAGAACAUGUGUGGAGAUGAAUACUCUGUACAGUUGGUUGUCAUUUACAACAGAACACUUUUUUACAAUUUUAAUUUUACAGCUUUAAUAUUAGUAUGGACUUACAUAUUGUUGCUUUUUGAUAAUUUUAUUCAUCUCAUUUUCUCUCGCUUGCGCUUGUCUGGGGUAUGGCUUGUAAUUAUGUUAGACAGCAAACGGCUGUAGUUUUAAAUGUUCUGAUGUUGUUAAAUGUGUAUAUUCCUCUUCUUUCCCUCUGGACUGAGUGUAUAAACAUGUGAGACACCAGAAUGCAUGGUUUCUGCCAGAGGGCACAAUUACACAUCCUACAAUCGUGAACAAAUAUGGAUACAUUUUUAUAACUUUUAGAGAGAUUACAAUCAGGGAACUGCAGUGUCAAAUUUCAAAAGAUUUCAAACCCAUAACCACCUAGUAAUGUCACUUAUUUUUCAUUUCAUUUCAGCUUAUUU